UUAAAUCAGAGUCAUCGCGGCCAGGUGGAGGCGAGUUGUACAUUUAGGAGUGUACUUUAUGUGGUUGAAAUAUAACACGCCGCCACAUUUCAGCGUGCGCCCGUAUUGUCGUCUCGGUGCGUGCAAAAAGCACGAGUUGGUGUCUCGAGUUGAACUUCCUCGUCCUGCAGAAGAAGGAGGCGUGACGUCGCUGCCCGCAGAGAGGCCCGCACGGCAGCGGGAGAGAGGCAGGGACACGCCGCGCCGGGGACAGGACGCUGCUGCAGCCGCAGAGCAGAGACCGCUGCGGGAGACACAGGGAGGAGCAGCAGCACGUACACACACACACACACACACACACAAACAUACACACACACACACACACACACAACAACCGAUAACCACGGCAACUUUGCAGAGCCGACAGACGGCCAUAAUGCGGCACCGCCCGCCGACCCCGGAGCUGAUGUGACUGUGCACACCAAGAGCAAGGGAGGAAGCGGCGGACGCCACCACCACCUCUCCCCCGGUUGCCUCGCCUCGCGGUGUGCGCGGCAGGUCGGUCGGUCGGACUGUCUUGGUCUGGUCUGGAGGAGGAGGAGCAGGGGGGAGAGGAGCUAGGACAUGUCCUCGCUAACCGUAGAGGAGGACCAGAAAUGGUUACCGACACACGUCCAGGUGACGGUAUUGAGAGGCAGGGGCUUACGGGGCAAGGGCAAGCACGGCACCAGCGACGUGUACACCAUCAUCCAGCUGGGGAAGGAGAAAUACUCGACCUGCGUGGCGGAGAAGACCACCGAGCCGGAGUGGAGGGAGGAGUGCACGUUCGAGCUGCAGCCCGGCGUGCCGGAGACCGGCGGGCGGAGCAGCUGUCCGGCCGGGAGCAACGAGCUGGUCCUCAUUGCGAUGCACCGGGCGCUCAUGGGGCUGGACGUGUUCCUCGGACAGGCGGUGAUCCAGCUGGAUAAGAUCUUCCAUGAGACUAGAUGCGUGAAAAACGAGUGGUACAAGCUCAACUCCAAGUCGGGCAAGAAGGAGAAGGAGCGAGGAGACAUUCAGGUCACGGUCCAGUUCACCCGCAACAACCUGACAGCCAGCAUGUACGACCUCAUCAUGAAGGACAAAGGCGCCUCCACCUUCGGCAAGCUCAAAGAGCGCAUCAAGGGGAAGCUGAGGCCCAGCGACGAGGACUCGGCGUCGGCCGUCCUACCGAGUGGUUACGGGUCCCUGCACCGGAUGCGGCAGCGGCUGCCGAGCGAUGGAGGCGGGGAGGAGGAUUACGAGGACGACGAGGGGGGCGAGGCCCGGCGGAGCAAGAUGAGGACCUUCUUCCUGAGAGGGAAGCUGAGGAAGUCGUCGGACGCUCGUUCCAGCACGUCGCUGGGCUCGGAGAGCAGCGAGUCGUCACGGGGAGGGAGCCUGAGCCCCACGGCCGGCAUCAGCGUGGUGGUCUCCGACCUCUCCAACUCACCGAGCAACAGCAGCAACCUGACGGGCGACAACAGCCCAGAGCACACGUCCUCUCUCAUAUGCGAGUUUGGUGAUGAUGACAACGGUGAGAUCACCAUCGCAGUGCCUCAGCUCACUGUGUGCGUUAACGGAAGCCAUGCGUACGGCGUCCAGCCCCCGGACCCGGGCUCAGGAAAACCUGCGGACUCUUUAGGCCUGGGGCCGCUGCAGAAUUCUUUGCCUCACUCCGUGUCUCUGCAGAACCUCAGGCCUUCCACGGACCUCCUCAAAGGCCCCGUCGGAGACGGGCGCCGCUGGUCUUUUGACAAGCCCUGCGAGGAGGAGAAGGCAGCCAUAGCGGCGGCCCUGGAGAAAAGCGGCCCCAUGCUGGGUGACGAGGAGGAGCAGUCGGGACGGGCUGCUCCGCCCAAAUCCGCCUCCUCCUCCUCCUCCACGGUGGAGUCGGAGAGCCAUGGGAAGAAGCAGAGGAUGAACUUGUCUUCCCAGGGGAGGAGCGAGUCUGCGGGCAGAGGGGAGAAUCAGUCCAGGGAUGAGUCUGAACAGGCCCCCGCUGCCGCCGAGGAGAAACACAAGGGAUGGUUUGGAUCCAAGGACUCGCACAACAAACCCAGCGUGGUGAUGUCACCUAAACUAGAGCCCAGCACUGACCCCCACCCACCACCCAGCCACCACCCACCGGGUCUUCCUGUAGAUCCCACCCCUCUGGUUCCCCCGCUGCAUCACACUAACCCUUUCUCCCACUCACAGACCACACCGCCUCCCAUAUCCCCCUGCAACCCUUUCUUCUCUCUCCUCCAGCACAACCCUUUCUAUGACGACACGCUAACCGCUCAGCCCCUAAAACCUUUGCUGCCUCCUCUGCCCUAUCUCUCCAGUUCCCGGCCCCCCAUAGCGCAUCUCUUUCCGCAGGCGGGUAACCCCACCCCGACUUACGGCGACCCGCCUACAGAGGACGCCAUCACCGGUACAGUUGCAAAGGGCGAAGCGAUGGGCAAAGCCGUGGAACGACCUCUUCCCCCGGCUCCGAUGGAAGUUGAGAAACCUUUACGCAGGAAGCUGCCCCGCCAUCUUACGUGUGCCGGGGAGCUGGACCCGGACUCGGAGUGGGACAAAUCUUUUGAAGCGUUUGCAGCUGGCAGGCUGCAGUCUUCUGAGGAUCUGACCACAGACUACAAAACGCAGCCAAACACACCCAGCGACCAUCCACUGGAACAAGGCGAUGACAAAGCAGCGACGCUACCAAGAACGGAUCUAAACACUAACGCACCACAUCGUCAACCUUGCACAGGAUUUGCAUCCGACGCACAAAAGGCCAUCGCCCAGGCGACCAGCGAAUGUCAUCUUGACACAUUUGCACAAUUCCUCGAGACAAUCCCGGAGCACGCGAGCUUUGAGAGUGACAACAUGGCUUUGAGUGACUCGCCAAAACGGGAUGCUUGCGCUGAGACUAAUCGAGCUAACAGUGCUACUAACGCAAACGAUUUAACCGACACUAAUAUGCAUCAGGCCUCCUGUCACUCCUCGUUUGUAAAGCUCAACAGCAGCUCUCCGGAUCCUGGUUCUUCGGGUAUCCACAGUUCAGAAGCAGAAGAGGAUUUCAUCUCCUGUCUCUCGUCUUAUUCAGACAAAUUCUCUGCAUCCUCCUCCGAGGAAGCCGAGGCACAGAACUUUGAAAGCAAAAUCCUCUGCUUUCAGAAAUCAUAUCAUUCAUCAGUUGUAAAGCACGCAAAGCCCUCAGAAUCAGAGGAGGGCGUUACCGACAGGUCCACCGAUGUAUCUUUAGCCGAUGGAGCUCAGCACACUGUUGUUCAGCACGGUGACGGUGAUGAAGAGGCAGAUUUCAUCAGCUUAGAGGGUUCACUGGCACUGCAGCCCCCAUCGCUUACACAUCAGCAGCCUGUGAUCAAUACAAGUGAGGACGCUGUUACUCUGUCACCAAACUUUUCAAGCCCUGACUUGUUACCAGAACUACAGACAAAAUCUGAAGAAUCUUUACAGUCUGACAAUGAAAAUGGAGAGAAAUUCCCAGAUGAAUUUCUACCGGAUUUCUCGACAGUGAUACAUGAUUCCUCUGUGUCUGUAAGCAGCACUACGGAUGUGACGGCUUCUACGACUCCAGAUGAUAAACUCUACUCCACACACCCAUCACUACACAUCAUCACCUCCUCCCCCGAUGUGAGGCGGAGGUCGUUGGACUCGCCCAUUGUGAGCACUAGUUUAGGACGGCAGGAUGCAAGCCAGCAUUCCCCGCUACCAUUCGGGCCUUUUGCCGAUUUCCUCAACACCAGUCACAUUGCAAACGGUCCCAGCCAAGACUUUGACGACGCGCUGUUGCACACCCGAGAGUCCGAUCAGAGCACCAGCAGCUUUUUUCAAAGCCUUUAUGUCAGCACCGACUCGCAGGAUUACCAAACCUGUGAGUCUCAAUCGGCGUCCAAGUGCUCCAGCGGCUCGGAGCGAAACGAGACGCUGCACUCUGCGAACGUCACGCUCUGCGGCGAGCUUAACGACGCGCGUACAACCGCUGGUGCUGCGUGGGGCCGAGAAGAUUCCACCAAUAUGUGGAAGAAGCCACGUUACGAAGAAGUCAACCAGACCGACCAAUCUGGAGGAUCCAUCAGUGGCGCUGAGGACAAGACGGCAACUCUUGAACCAAUUUUCCCGAUGGCUGAUGACUUCGAUUUACUCCCCACGGCGUCGACGGACUCUUACGUGAGCUGUGAUCUGAGGAAGCUCUCCGAGGGAGGUGUCGAAAGUCAGCACGCCGUCUUCGGUGGCGUUCUGUCGAUGCGCCCUGAGGCACAAAGUGCUUCGCUACACCGCUCCCAGUCUGAAGGCUCUCUGACUGCUGCCUUUGACGAACUCCUCCUCCUACCCUCCUUUGGGAGCGAUCCCGGUGCGAUACAGGAGUCCUCUUCCACUCUGCCUGGCUCUCACCUCCCCUCUUUGACCUCCUUUGAUCCUUGUAUAACUCCUCAAAGUAGUAGCUCCCCUAUCACGCUCUGUUCCCUGCCUCCUCUUGCCAACACUUCUGCGAGGUCACCACACAGCACGGCGCGAGCUGCGGCGCCAAAGCCAAUGCUUCAGGAGACGACGCCUCCUCCUCCUCCGCAGCGGGCAGCCAAUCAGCAGAACAGCCCCCACCCAGUGAAGCCCCUGACCACUGCCAUACUGGCUGAGGAGAAGCGGACUGAGGGCCGGUCAGUGCUGGCCACCGGCCUGGAGAAGCUCAAGUUCACCAUCCACCCGGGGAGGAGCAGCCAGCUCAGCGAGCAGGAGACGGAGAGGAAGAAGUCCAUUACAGAGGGGGCGGGCUCGUACUACCACCUGAACCACCGCGAGCUGGUCGCCCUGCUGGUGCAGCGGGAGGCCGACCUGACGAGGCAGAAGGCGGAGUUUGAGCGUCAGAAACUUCUGCUGGCUAAGCGGGAGGUGGAGCUGCGGAAGCUGAAGCCGCAGGUCAAAGACCUGGAGGACUACAUUGACACGCUGCUGGUGCGCAUCAUGGAGCAGAAGCCCACUCUCCUGCAGGUGCGCUCCAAGUUAAAGUGACGGAGAGAGGGGCGGGGCUUCUCGGCUCUGUUCACUCCGUCCUCCACAACAGCUCUUUAGUCUUUUCACUGCUAUGCUGUCCUUUUUGAUACAAAUAUUUUUCGUCGGCACCGAGAGAGAGAUAUCGAGGCGGUGUUUUCCAGCCGGCAUGCUUAACUGUGCAGAAGAGCGUGCCCUCGUCGAAAGGCUUUGGUUUCUGGGGCGGUUCUGAAUGUAGCGGGUCCUCAGGUUGUUUUCAGGUUUUUACACAGCCAGUUGGUUUUUGAGACGCUUCCAUUUAUGGAUCCUGAUUGUCAAUACAGUGAUUCCUCCUUUUCACCUCACCUCACUUCUAUCACCUUAUCACAGGAGAGAGAAAUUGUAGAGUUUCAGUCCACAACACUGAAUAUCCAACGAUAUCGCACCGUUUUUCAAAAGUGUUGUAGUUCUGUAGGGAAACGAGAGCGAAGGGCUUGGAGGGCCACUCGGUGGUUAUGCAUGUUCCAGACCAUUGACUACAAAUUGCAGACUUUAAGUCAAUGCUGGCCAUUUCUGCAGCAUACAUCAGGGUUUAGUCUGAUUUUAUACCUUUGAGGCAGCCUUUGGUUUAGCUUCAUAUCAAUGCAGCAUGAAACUCAAGUUGCAGGGCCUCAAAACCAUUGAGCGAACACUUGCUUUUAUUUCAUAGUCGUGUUAUGAAGGUAGCAAUGCUUUAGAAAGUAAUGCAUACGGUUUCAGUUAUGAAACAACGUCGCUCUCACAAACUAGUAGGUCUGCGACUUUUGUUAUUUUCAUUUUCCACUAAUCUGCAGAUUAUUUUCUUUUCUUUUCUUUACAAAAGGAUCAGAGUGCAAAGAUUUCCUGUUUUGUCAGAACAAUAGUUUUUAUAAUUUACUUUGUACAGAGCCAGGCUAACAUAACACGUUACCCCCUGUUUUCAGUCUUAAUGCUAAGAUAAGCUAAUCACCUCCCGGCUUAUGAUCCAUAAUUGGAGUACAGAUUUGAGAGUUGUAUCGAUCUUCUCGAAAAGACGUAGAGAUGUUCCUGAAAUGAAUUUAAACCAAUGGCUGCUUAGAAGGAAGGAAAUAAAUCGAUAAUCUUUAAGUACGCUUUUGGAAAAAUAGUCUCGUAGUUUUAUAUACAAUAUUUGGUUAAUGAGGUAAAUUCAUGCCAAACCACCAGUUUGUUUCUAAUACAGUAACGUACCUGAAUGACGUACACCUCAGUGAUUGCCACCGCUUCCUCCUCGUGGUGUUUCUGUUGUUUUGGAUUGACACUCUACAAAUGUUCCCAAAAUGAAUAUCGAGUGCUCUGACUCGUUUCUUUCGAAGCUACAAACCAAAUGAGCGGUGCGAGAGCUCAGCCUUGUCGCGUGCACAUUACUGGGAACUGGUUGUAGCUUCUGAAUGUUCAAAAGUGUUCUUAGCCAGCAAGUGAAUGGUUUUUCUUUCAUACGCACGAUAAGUGCCGUUUAUCUUUUGCUUGCUCCCACCCGUCUUUUCUUCUUUCUGUUCUUUGGGCAUGUCUUGAAAUUACCCAUAAUGCUCAGCCACGUAAGCUAACUGAUUCUUGUAUGGGUAUGUGUUAUCAGGUGAAGACAGGAUCACUCAGUAUCAAGAUCAGCCAUCACAGCUCCUCUGAUCUCAUGCUUCUGCCUUCCUACGUGUGUGUGUGUGUGUGUGUGUGUGUGUGUGUGUGUGCUAUCAACACAGCGCCACUGCUGAAAAAAUGCCUGCUCACGUGCCGCUUCCUGACUCCCCUCCCUCGGUGUCUGUGCGUCACAUCCGCUUCUGCUCAAGCACGCAUAUCGCUACUGCUUUCAGGUGUUACAAAGGGAUGUAUACCGCAUUUUACAGCAUAUAUAUGCCGUGUUGAAAUGCCAAAUGCUGCCUUAUUUUUGUUUUGACAUUUGUCAAGAAAUCUAGCACUUCAUUUUACUUGUUGGGCUGGAGGCAGGUUUUGAAGAAGAAAAGCCAUCUGCUCACUGAGAGUUCACUUUUGUUGUUGUUGUUUUUUUAACCUCUGAUGCUUUUUUUGAUAUUGUUUAGAUCACUGCACAAAACUGAAUUGUAUGCAUACCAAUAGAAAACGAGCAGUAACAGUGAUUUCCUGUGAAAUGCCAAAAAAAAAAAAAAAAAAAGCCUUGAAACUUAACCUAUGGAGCAGAUCGAUACACCAUAAAGUAUUCUGAUAUGAUGCCACUUUUAACAGCGUUUGUGGAUGUUCUUGCACUAUUUAAUCGUCAGAACAUAACUUUACUGUACCUGUCUGUUGAUAUCGGUAUAGUUAGAUCUACUUUACACCGUACUGCACUUUCUAAUCGCUCUGUGAUUUAAGCACUUGGCCUACUUCGACGCCACAGCGAUGGUUUGCCAGUGAGCUUGAAGCACACACAACCUUCCUGUCAUCUGUGUUCUGCAGUGCGAUUGCAAUAUCAAGUGCAUAGAUGACUGUAGAGAUAUUAAAUGUGACUCGGCACUUACCAUGCGCAAGAAUAAGCGUCCUCUUCCAUGUCUUCCAUUUUCACUUGAUUUCAAACUGUUUGUAUUUCAUCCUUGAGUAUGUAGCCGGUGGAGUGUGCUUAAGGUAGUAUGUGAGAUUGGAAAGUUUACAAUUCGUGAUGCAAUUCUGUUUCACAAAUUUUGUAUAUUUAAUAAAGAAUAUUUUGUGUUUCUUGCUCA